AAAAUAUCCCCUUUUACCAUUUACGCCUCUAAAUCCAACCCCCCCUUCUCAGUCGUUAUCUUUCCCUUUACUCUGUCUGUGUUCAGAUUUGGCAACAAUUGCAUCUGUUCUUGACUUUUACUCAAUUCAUGUGCAAAUCUAAAGUUGCGAAACGAAUGGAUAAUAUUUGCAUAUUCGAAACCCUAAAAGAUUUAUUACUUCAUUAAUUUUUCGUUCAAAUGUUCGUUUGAUGAAGCUUCCCUGUUCACCCUGGUUAUCUAAAGUCAACAAAAUCAUAUUUUUGUGAAUGUAAAUCAUGGAAAUUUCCGAAAUUGAAGAGAAUAUGUUUGCGCUGGGUGAACCGAAGCUACACGGAGGAAUGUGUAAGACGCUCUCUUUGAUCUACAUCAAAGUGUUGACCGUUUUCCCUGAGUUAGAAGCAUCACGUCCUCGAAGCACUUCAGGGAUUCAAGCAUUAUGUUCUUUGCACAUAGCAUUAGAGAAAACAAAAACACUUCUUCAACACUGCACUGAAUGUAGCAAAAUUUACUUGGCUAUAACGGGAGAUUCCGUUGUUUUAAAAUUUGAGAAAGCAAGAUCGUCUCUCGAGGAUAGUCUUAGGAGGGUUGAAGAUAUAGUUCCACAAGCUAUAGCUUCUCAGAUUUCCGAUAUUUUAACCGAACUCGAAGGAAUAGAGUUUUCACUAGAUCCAAUAGAAAAACAAAUAGGCGAUGAAAUAAUCGGAUUACUUCAACAAGGUAAAAACUUCAACAACAAUAGUGACAACAACGAAUUAGAAACAUUCCAUCAAGCCGCAUCAAAACUCGGCAUUACAUCAUCAAGAACCGCUCUUCGAGAAAGACGUGCUUUAAAAAAACUUGUUGAAAAAGCAAGGAUUGAAGAAGACAAAAGAAAAGAAUCCAUUGUUGCAUAUCUUUUACACCUCAUGAGAAAAUACUCAAAAUUGUUCAGAAGUGAUUUCUCAGAUGACAAUGACUCCCAGGGCUCUACCCCAUGUUCACCCACAAUCGGUUCAUUCGAGGGUUACAGUGGGUCCGGGUUUGAAAGACAUCUCUCGAAACUAAAUUCAUUUAAUUUCAAACCUAAUUUCCCACGAUCCGGGCAGGUCACGAUGCCGCCCGAAGAACUACGCUGCCCGAUUUCCUUACAACUUAUGUACGAUCCGGUUAUUAUCGCGUCCGGGCAGACGUACGAGAGAAUUUGUAUUGAGAAAUGGUUUGGAGACGGGCACGAUACCUGCCCGAAAACUCAACAACAAUUAAGUCACCUCGGUUUGACUCCUAAUUACUGUGUGAAAGGCUUGGUGGCAAGUUGGUGUGAGCAGAAUGGAGUUAUGGUUCCCGGAGGUCCGCCGGAGUCUCAUGAUCUGAAUUACUGGCGGCUGUCGUUGUCGGAAAGUGAAUCGGUGAAUUCAAAGCCGCCGCCAGAGAGUGGCGGUGGUGGUUUGGUUAAGUGUAAGGGGAUGAAGGUGGUGCCUUUUCCGGUGGAGGAGGAUGAGGCGGCGGUUGUGGCGGAGAUUGGCGGUGAUGGGUUUGAGAGGUAUGAUGAGUUGUUGGCGGUGUUGCAUGGUGAGGGGCAUUUGAGGAAAAAGUGUAGGGUUGUGGAGGAAAUAAGGAGGUUGUUGAAGGAUGAUGAAGAGGCGAGAAUUUAUAUGGGUGCAAAUGGUUUUGUUGAAGCUUUGUUGCGGUUUUUGGAAUCGGCUUUGAAUGCGCAAAGUGAGUUUGCUCAAGAAAGUGGAGCCAUGGCUCUGUUUAAUCUUGCUGUCAAUAAUAAUAGGAACAAAGAAAUGAUGUUAGCUAGUGGGAUACUUUCGUUAUUGGCACAAAUGAUCGAAAGUUCAAAAUCAAUUGGAGCAGCCAUAGCUAUAUACCUGAAUCUUUCAUGUUUCGAUCAAGCAAAGCCCAUAAUAGGUUCAAGCGAAGCAGUUCCUUUCUUAAUCGAAGUUCUUCAAGGAGACUUGGAUUCCCAAUGCAAAAUUGACGCUCUUCAUACUCUCUAUCAUCUCUCAUCUUUCCACUCAAACGUCCCUCGACUCAUAUCCUCCGGCAUCAUCAACGCCCUGCAACCAUUUCUCACCGAUUCGGAUUCCCGAUCGUGGACAGAGAGAGCCAUAGCGGUUUUAAUAAACCUAGCUGUGACCAAUUCGGGUCGAUCCGAGAUUAUAGAGGGUCCGGGUAUGGUAAGUGGGUUAUCGAUGUUGUUGGAUAUGGGAGAACCGGAGGUGCAGGAGCAGGCGGCGGCGUUGCUGUUGAUUUUGUGCACUGGAAGUGACAAGUGCAGUGAAAUGGUGCUUCAGGAAGGGGUGAUUCCUUCUUUGGUGUCGAUUUCGGUUAAUGGAACGAUGAGAGGGAAACAAAAGGCGCAGAAAUUGUUGAUGGUUUUUAGGGAGAUGCGGCAGAGGGAUCCGCCGGUGGUGGUUCAGGGCGGUGGACAGGGUGGUGAAGAACGGAAAGUGUUGAGUAAAUCGACGUCGAGGAGGAAGAUGGGGAAAGCGUGGAGUUUUUGGCGGAAGAGCAAGAGUUUUUCGGUGUACCAAUGUUGAAUUCUUGAUUCUCAUGGGUCGAAAUUGUAAAAAGGGUUUUUAUUUUAUUUUUGGUUUUUCCUUUUUUUUUCUAUAGGGGUUUUUGGUCUUUUACCACUAGAGGAAUUGUACAGGCUCUUGUAAUCAAAGAAUUUUGUAUCUUUAUUAGACUUGUUUUUUAAGAUAUGUUUAUGGUUAAUGUGUAAAAAAGAGUAGAAUAUUUUAAAGGGU